UUUCGCUGUGCAUUUUGCACCUACGUGAUAAGUCGCGAACCGUUCGUCGUUUUGGAAUGAACACAAUACACUAUAGAAAUGUAGAUGUGCGGGUUUCCUCACGAUUUUUUCCUUCACCGUAAAAACACGUGGUAUAAUUAUACUUUUAGGUAUCCCUUAUUUCUUCAGAAUUCAUUGGUACAUGGCCGAAUUCGAACUAAAGACAGUAUCCGUUACACCGCCAUGGCUCAAAUUAUUACUCUGAGCUUUUGUAUUUGCAUUUUAGCAUUUUUCAGCGCCGAAAGAUUUUACCUUUGGCCACAGAGUACCUACCUACUUAAGACAAACUUAAGACCUACUUUGACAUAACUAUUUUGCUAUUUUGACAUUUUAUACGUCUUUUUGUGAAUAGCCAAAGCCGGAGUAGCGUUAAAAUUUUCUACUUAUAAAAUGUGUAGUUUGAACUAAGUUACCUACAAUGGCACGGAGGAGAAAAAUUAAAUCCAUCAAUUAUUCAAGGCCAAUGUUAUUAUUUAUACUAUGUUCUUUACAAAUAUACAUUAUCAUUGUAUUGUAUCUAAUAUUUUCCCAUAGUAUCCCGCUGACCACUAUUUUCUCUGAUAUACAAUCCGAUGUGAAUAUCAAGCAAAUGAAGACAAUUCUACUAUGGGUAAACAACCGCUUUUUUCCAUUAGACCUUUUUAGCGGUGGAACUGAUAUGUUUAAAGCGAGUAACUGCUCGUAUCAAAACUGCUACGUUGUGAAAAACGCAACGGAAUUUCCCGAAAUGUCCCAUGAGGAGUAUGAUGCUAUAAUAUUCAACGGCUGCCCGCGACAGAACCUGCCCACUGACGCGAUGGCGACGCCUCUUAUUCGAAGGCCAAGUCAAAGAUAUAUCUUCUUCCAGUUAGAACCACCAACCAAAGUUCCAGUAUGUGAUAUUUUAUACGAAAACUUUUUUAACUGGACUGUAAGUUAUCGCUUUGAUUCUACAAUAUUUUGGCCGUUUUUCUUAGUGAAAGAUGUCAAUAAUCGGACUAUUGGACCUGGGUUGAAUAUGAACUGGAUUAAUCCUGAAGAAAUGCUGUCGAUUGAUGAGGAUCUGGCAGCGAAAUUGAGAAAGAAAAAAAAAUUAGCAGCUUGGCUAGUCAGUAAUUGCUGGAAUGUUGAGAACGAUAGAGUAGAAUAUGUUCAUUACUUACAGCAGGCGCUCAAAAGAUACAACGAAGUCGUGGACAUAAUAGGCUUUUGCGGUAACUACAAAUGUCCCAUGACCCACAUGAAACAGUGCGAAGAAAUCUUAGAGAACGACUACGCAUUUUAUUUAGCCUUCGAGAAUUCGUUUGCUGUAAAUUACGUAACGGAGAAGGUCCUACGUGCGUUGCAGCAUUACAUGAUACCGAUCGUGUACGGGGGGGUUAACUACAGUAGGUUCUUACCUCCUGGAUCAUACAUAGACGCUUUACAACUAGGGCCGGAAAAACUGGCUGCCCUGAUGCAUAAAGUAGGACAUGAUGAGAAUGAAUACUUCCGAUACUUCAAGUGGAGAAACCACUAUUCAUUCGUGGACAACGUGAAUAAAACCACCGCUGUUUGUGAACUGUGCUCUAAGCUGAACGAAGAUACUGAGACGUCGGUGUAUACGGAAUUCAGGAAAUGGUGGAACCACCCGAGUAUGAAUUGCAGUGAGAUAAAUGGUUCAAAUGAUUAUUGAAAAUUCAGAACAGUAUAUAUUUUAUUAUGUAAUUUUCUAAUUUAUUUUUAGAUUAAAUAUUUUAUAUAAUUUUACGUUCAUUAAAAGAUUGAGUUUUU